AUGCCGAAGUACUUUUACUCUUUAAUAGGUGUUAAUAAACGAUUAAAUAAAAUUUUACAUGAUCCAACUUUUACUAGUGUGUUAACGUUGAUAGACUAUUCUGUAGAUGGUUGCAUUUGCUCAUUACCUUAUCCAAUGUUUUAUCGAUUUUGUUCACAAAUUUUACCUCAAAUUUAUCAUAAAAUUCAAUGGCUACAUCUUGAGCUGUUAACUAUGAAUACCAUUCUUCUUUCUGCAAAUUAUCCUAAUUUAUAUGGACUUGGUUUAUAUGGUCUAAAAAUGCAAAAAGUUAAAUAUCUCUUUACUGAUGAAACUUUAAUUUAUAGAUUCAAAAAUCAAAUUUCAUCUCUUGUUAUCGAUAUUGAUGAAAGUGAUGAAGCAAAUUCACUCGAAAUUAUUCGACUUAUAUUUACAUAUAUGUGUGUUACGUUUACUAAUUUACGAUAUUUAAAUUUCGGUCCAUCUUUAAGUGAAUGUCAACAAUUAUCAUUUAGUACUUCACCUCUAGCUGUCUUCUCUUCAACUCUAUCAGAAUUAAAUAUACGUGUGUCUCGUUUUAUUGAUUGUCUUUAUUUACUCGAUGGACGAUUCUAUCAACUCCAUACACUUUAUGUUUAUAUUACUUUCAUUUAUGUACCGUAUGAAACAAUCAAUAAUAAGGUAUAUUAUUUUGAAUAA